UGGAAUAGGUUGCAACACAUCAACAACAGUGAACAGACAGGGAAAAGGGAUCCUAGAUAUCCAAAAUGGAACAUAAAUGGUAUAUUCAAGUGACUGUAAACUAAGGCAGAAGGAGACAGAAUCACUGAUGCAAAGAGCUAAACAGUUUUUUUUCUCACCAGAGAGUGUCAGCCAUGGACUUAGAGCAUUCUGUAAAAGAGGAUGAGUACCUACUACAAAACAAAGAGGUAAGGCUGACUGGAUUUUCUCCCAAGCCAGCACAGAGGGUAGCAAUGAAGAGGCCCCUUCCAACUAGCAAAAAAAUACACUUCAGUCAGAAGCUGCUGCUGCCUCUAAAAGGCAAAUAUUUCUAUACCCCCUCCUCUUAUCAGACCUGGCUUGAACUUGGCAAACUUGCUCCUACAUUUCCACAGAUACCUGAGAGGCCAUAUGACAGCAAGAUCUGGAGAAACUUUGUCUUAGGAUAUCAAAAUGCUUCUGGUAUUCAGAGUGCCACCAAAGUUGUUGAUUCCGGUCACACUAUUGGCAUUCCUCCUCCUUCUAGAAUGGGAGCUAAUAAUUAUAUAAAAUUUGUUUCUGAAGGGGGACUAGUUCAUGAUAAGACCCAAAAACAAACUGUGUUCGCCAAGGUGCUGAAGGAAAUGACACAGUCCAGGAAACUAUGGAUAAACAAUGAACACAAAAUACUGCCUGAAGGCUUUCAGCGGAAUAAUAGCUCUCCUUGGGCUCUCAAACACCAAAAAUGAAGUUCAUGAAAUUAAAAAAAAAUCCUUACAACUGUCCUGACUUUCCUAAUUGAGGUGUAAAGCAAUGAUAGUGUCUCAGCAGGUUGCACAAAUCUUUUUAUCUAUGCAUUAGGUGACUGAAUGUGUGUUCCAGGAUGACACUACAGGGCAGUAUUAGGGAAUGUACUGUACUUCAUUAAACUAAGAUCCACCCUGUCUGGCAUAAAGGCAUUGGCUCUCAAUCUUUUCCAUCUCCGUUAUGUGGAAUACUACCUAUCAUAAUGUGGAACGAAUGGACAAGAUGUGGGACACUUACUAACAGCUUGCUAACAACUUCAACUAGGAAGCUCACAGGAUGGCUUAUAAAAUGUU